AUGGUGCACAGGCCUAUAUUUCUUGGAGUGGCGAUGGGUGUAAAGCCGCAGAGGCCUUCUCUCAACCUAAGCAUAACAAUCAAUGACGGGUUUUUUGUGCUGGGAACAAAGAACUACUGCUUUCCAAUUGUGGACAAGGAGGAAGAAAUUCCGCCGUCCCCAAACAACUCGCCGCAGCUCACGCAGGAGGUCCCUGGCAAUGACCAGGAGAUGCAGGAGCUGCUAGGCAUGUACAUCGACUUGAAAAAGAAGAUCCGCAUGGCUCCGUGUCUGACCGCGGCUCUCAACGGGCAAUCAGAGGCCCCGGACACGAAAAGCACAGAGAGCACGAGAAUUGCCUCAAAGUCUCCCCCAACGAUUGACUUGGAGGAGGCGUGCAAUCUGUGCCGGAUGCCCAGCGACAUUGUUGUUUUGGAGAGCUUUAGCGAGGAGGUCGCAGAGGUGCUCAACCAUGUUUUGCUGGUGACGAUUGACAAGUGGCUCUCUGAGUACACAAAAGGAAACGCGGUGAAAAUAGUUGGAGUUGCGCUCUCCGUGGGGGUUCUUCACAGGAGCAAGUUUGCAGACGAGAUGAAAAGCAUGCUCUGGAACAAGUACGACAUUCUUCCGUGCUUUUUCUCCGGGGGGUGCAAGCCCCUGGACCAGCAGUCGGAGGCUCUUGCCAGAAAGUGUGCGUCCCUGUUCCGGCACGAAAACCUGCCCGACCUGACAAUAGCAGAAAGCAACCGGGUGGUUGUGGACUCGGGGCACAUUUGGUUUUGUUCUCUCGAGGAGUACCGGAAGUCAAUUGGCGCGCGGGGAAGCGAGUUUAUGGGCGACCUUAUCCAGGAGGCGCAGGCCAUUCUGGAAGCGCAGCAGAAGGUGGCGUUUUUCAGCUCGACUGCACAGGGCGGAGGCGUCGCUUUGAUGCGGCACUCUUUGAUCCGCUUUCUGCAGAUGCUGGGCAUUGACGCGUCGUGGUACGUGUGCACGCCAAGCCCCUCGGUCUUCAACAUCACGAAGAUGAAGGUGCACAACAUCCUCCAGAACGCGUUUGGAAAGUGUCUGAAGACACAGCAGCAAAUGGAAAGCGAGCUCCCCGGAAGCCCUUCGUACGACGAAAACGGGGAGUGCUCCCGGAGCGACUUUCUCACGCAGCGCGACAAGAACAAAAUAGACGCGUGGCUGAAAGUGAACUACGAGUCCCACUGGAGAAACGUGAUCAAAGCGUGCAGCAUCGUGGUUUUGGACGACCACCAAGUGGGCAGGCUCGCACAAGUCAUUAAAAAAGAGUUUCCGAGCGUGAAAAUCAUCUACCGGUCGCACAUUCAGAUCCGCGGAGAGAUGAUCCAGGAAGGAAAAGGCGAAAACAUCACCGCAAUUGACAACGUGUGGAACUUUCUGUGGGAAAGCAUCCAGAACGCGGACUACUUUGUAAGCCACCCCUUUCCAGAGGCAGUGCCAAAAAGCGUCUCCCCAGAGAAGGUGGUUUUCCAGCCGGCAGGCACUGACCAGCUAGACGGCCUGAACAAGCCGCUCAGCAGGCACGCGCUGACGUACUAUCAGAAUGUGUUCAGCCGGAUAUGCUUGGACAACGGAGAAAACCCCGUUGACUUUUCCAGGAAGUACAUUGUGCAAGUAGCGCGCUUUGACCCUUCCAAGGGCAUCAACGACCUGCUGGACGCGUACUACAAGCUGUACUGCAUGCACAAGGAGCAGUUUCCCGAAGCAGAGUUUGAUGUGGGCCUGGUUUUGUGCGGGCACGGGAGCGUUGACGACCCCGAAGCAACGACAAUUUUCCAGAGCCUUUCCGAGAAGGUGAACGACGAGAAGUUUCUGUGCAUCAAGCACAAAAUCACAAAGGUCCGCCUUCCGCCCUCUGAUCAGCUGCUGAACAUGAUCCUGCAGGGCGCACACGUGACGUGCCAGCUGAGCAUAUCCGAGGGCUUUGAGGUGAAGGUCACGGAGUCACUUAUGAAGAAAGUGCCUGUGGUUGUGUACGAUGUUGGGGGCCUUCCUUUGCAGGUGAAGAACAAUGUGAACGGGCACGUGGUAGAAAAGGGCAACACAAAGAGGGUGGCCGAAGUCCUUUUUAAGCUGAUCACAGACAACGUCUACUACAAAAGCAUGCAGGACAAUAUCCACGCUGAAGACUUUCUGGUGAUAACCACGCCGUUUCAAGCCCUGUUCUGGCUGAAAAUGUUCAACCCGAGCACUCCCAAAAAGCCCAAAAACUACUACGAAGACUUCGCGGAGAAGUAUCUAAAAUAA